CAAGUACAAAUGCGCACUGUGAGUCAUGAAAUCCGAGGCGUCGACUGACAGCGGCAGUGAAACGGAAUUGUCCAAAGAUUGCAGUCAACAAUUCGGAAUAAAUAAUGGUGUGUUGGGAAAAAUAUUCCUCCAAGUGUUCCAUCGAAGGGAGAAUGGUCAAAGUGGGUCGUGACAGCGAUGGUUCGACCCUGGUGGUUGCUAGGGCCUGGAAAGACAAUGAACUCAUACCUUGCAAGGCCCGACCAACUCAGGGCAUCGCCUUCUGCGCCAGUGGAAACCGAGAGUACAACGUGUACCGAUAUGAGAUCUUGAUGAUGGAUCGGGAUGAGUACCAAUGGGUCAAGAUCAAUGAUCUUAAAAUACCGAAUAAUGCUAUUGUUGGUGGACACAACAAAGAAGGGGACCCACUCUAUAUUGGUCGCACCACUCAUGAUGGAUACGCUGUCGCGGGAAAGGUGGGACACAGUAGCGGAUUGCUUUAUUACUCGUAUUUUUGUACGCAGUACGUCGCCAGGAGUUUUGAGAUUUUGGUCGAGAAGUUCGUGUGGCAAGUUGGAAUCAGUCGAGGAAGUCGAUCGAAAGUCAGCAGGAACCGCUGCGACCUCUCAAAAUUGGAAAUGUCAGGAGGUUACAGGUGGGUGAGAUAUUCAGGUGCGCGUUAUGUCGUACCUGGAAUGGUGACAGUGGGUCGUGACCUAGAUGGUAGCUGUCUUGUUGUUGGUAGGGCAUAUCAUGAGGGUGAUAUUCUACCAGCCAAAGCUAAACCAGAGCACGGUGUUGCAUAUGUUGCAUAUGGAGGCACUGAAAUCAUGAAACAUGACUUUGAGGUGUUGAUGCCAGCGGAAUUUCAAUGGGUGCCAUCAAGAAACGGUCACGUUCCUCCCGGUGCCGUUGACGGCGGUCGAACAAGUGGAGGAGAACCUCUUUACGUCGGUCGAACAAUCCACAACGGCAUACCAUGUGUAGGAAAGAUACAUCCCAGCCAUGGAAGUCUGUAUAUUCCCUACAACGGACAGGAAAUCCCUUUCAGAGAAUACGAAGUUCUGGUCCAGCAGUGAAAUCUGCAAUCAGGUGUGAAUAAAAUAAUAAAUUAAAAUGGUAUCUCCUUCGACUCACUCAUGGAAGCAGAUUGAAUAAAAAACUCUCACUGUCUCUCCCAGAA